GAGAUGAAGAGCAGGCUGGAUGAAGAGGGCUACAGGGACCCCGAACUGAAGCAAUCAAAGAUGUCACUCGAUGAACAAGGCAGUUCCUCCUCGUUGGAUCAGAUCCAGAAGGCGUCAGGGAGCACGGGGGCUGCCCACCCAUCCACCUCCAGCCGGGGGACACAUGAGGCAUAUGUGGAGUUACAAGAACUGGUCAUGGACACAAACAACGAGCUACGCUGGAUGGAGGCCGGCCACUGGAUCAAGCUGGAGGAGGACUUUGAGGAGGCGGGGCACUGGGGGAGGCCACACCUCUCAUACCUGACCUUCCGCAGCCUGCUGGAGGUGCGCAAGGCCUUCACGAAAGGCACUGUCCUACUGGAUCUGCCUGAGAAGUUCCUGGCAGGCAUCACCAAUCAGCUGAUAGACCAAAUGAUCUAUGAAGGGCAGCUCAAACCACAGGACAGAGAGGCGUUCCUGAGAACCCUGCUGCUGCAGCACAGCCACCCAGAUGGGUCUGAAUCCAUGGGGACCCUUUCCCCAGGCCAAAUGGAACGAAAGGACACCAAGGACGAGGUCAUGUCCCAGCCUCUCAUGCAGGAAUAUCACCAGAUCGAGAUGCAGACGCUCACGGGCACGGAACAGGAAGGGCCCCGGGGGCACGCCUUCAGUAAGCAGCUCCUCGAGAAGAUCCCAGAGGAUGCCGAGGCCACGCUGGUCUUCGUAGGCCGCGCCGCCUUCCUGGAUCACCCCACCUUGGCCUUCGUGCGCCUGAAGGAAGCGGUGGAGCUGGACUUGGUCCUGGCGGUGCCGGUCCCCGUGAGGUUCCUCUUCAUGGUGCUGGGACCCGACUCCCCGCAGAUCAGUUACCACGAGAUCGGACGGGCCGUCUCCACCAUGAUGGCAGAAAGGGGGUUCCGUAGGGACGCCUACCUGGCCGAGGAGCGCCAGGACCUGAUAAAGGGCGUGGAGGAGUUUCUGGAUUGCAGCAUUGUCCUCCCGCCCUGCGAGAUCCAGAACGAGCGGCUCCUCAGGAGCCUGGUGCCCAUGCAGAAGGAGCUGCUGCGGAAGCGGUACCUGCCGGACGAGAAGAAGCCGGAAAUGAAGAUCUUAAAGGACUUGGAUCAAGGCCUGGCAGACAAGGCCCUCGAGGAGGAGGACGACGACCCACUGCGGCGGACCGGCCGGCCCUUCGGGGGCCUGGUGCGGGACAUUAAGCGCCGCUACCCCAAAUACCUCAGCGACAUCAAGGACGCCCUCAAUGCCCAGUGCCUGGCCGCCGUCAUCUUCAUUUAUUUCGCAGCCCUCUCCCCCGCCAUCACCUUCGGGGGCCUACUGGGGGAAAAGACAAGCAACCUCAUAGGGGUCUCGGAGCUGCUGAUCUCCACAGCCGCGCAGGGCAUCAUCUUCUGCCUCCUCGGCGCUCAGCCCCUGCUGGUGGUCGGCUUUUCGGGUCCCCUGCUGGUCUUUGAAGAAGCCUUUUUUAAGUUCUGUGAGAGCUACGGCAUGGAGUACAUCGUGGGCCGGGUCUGGAUCGGCUUCUGGCUCAUCCUCCUGGUGCUGGUGGUGGUGGCCUUCGAGGGCAGCUUCCUGGUCCGCUACAUCUCCCGCUACACCCAGGAGAUCUUCUCCAUCCUCAUCUCCCUCAUCUUCAUCUACGAGACCUUCGCCAAGCUCAUCACGAUCUUCCAGAAGCACCCCCUGCGGAAGGAUUACGUGUCGGCCACGGACCCGAAACCCAACACAGCCCUGCUCUCCCUGGUCCUCAUGGCCGGCACCUUCUUCAUCGCCUUCUUCCUGCGCAAGUUCAAGAACAGCGCCUUCCUGCCCGGCAAGCUCCGGCGUGUGAUUGGUGACUUUGGGGUCCCCAUUGCCAUCUUCAUCAUGGCGCUGGCCGACUUCUUCAUCAAGGACACCACAUUCACCCAGAAACUUAGCGUCCCUGAAGGCCUCAAGGUCUCCAACACGACUGCCCGGGGAUGGUUCAUCCAUCCACUGGGGAAAAACAGAGACUUCCCAAUCUGGAUGAUGUUUGGUGCUGCCCUUCCUGCCCUCUUGGUCUUUAUCCUCAUUUUCCUGGAGUCGCAGAUCACAACGCUGAUUGUGAGCAAGCCCGAGAGGAAGCUAGUGAAGGGCUCGGGCUUCCAUCUGGACCUGCUGCUGAUUGUCGGCAUGGGAGGCAUCGGCGCGCUCUUUGGCAUGCCCUGGCUCAGUGCCACCACGGUGAGGACCAUCACGCACGCCAACGCCCUGACGGUGAUGGCCAAGACCACCACCCCCGGGGAGAAGGCCCAAGUCCAGGAGGUCAAGGAGCAGAGGAUUAGUGGGCUCCUGGUGGCCAUCCUUGUAGGUCUCUCGAUCCUCAUGGAGCCCAUCCUGAAGCUGAUCCCACUGGCUGUGCUCUUCGGGAUCUUCCUCUACAUGGGGGUCACCUCCUUGAACGGGAUCCAGCUCUACGACCGCACCCUCCUCCUGCUGAUGCCACCCAAGUACCACCCCGACGAGCCCUACGUCAAGCGGGUGAAGACCUGGCGGAUGCACAUCUUCACGUUCACCCAGAUCCUGUGCCUGGCUGCGCUGUGGGUGGUGAAGUCCACCCCGGCCUCCUUGGCGUUGCCUUUCCUCCUCAUCCUGACGGUGCCCCUGCGCCGCUUCCUGCUCCCCAAGAUCUUCAAGGACAUCGAACUCAAGUGUCUGGACGCAGACGAUGCCGACGUGACCUUCGAUGAGACAGAAGGCCGUGAUGUGUACCAUGAAGUGCAGAUGCCGAUCUGAGCACCUGCUUCAUUGCGUCCUCCAUAUAAGGAGCAGAGGAUUCCUUUCCCAGGCUUUUCAGAGAACCCAGAGUCUGGGUUCAAACAAAUGAGUGUGUGUGUGUGUGUGUGUGUGUGCGUGCGUGCGUGUGUGUGUGGGCAC